AUGGGACCCUCGCUGGCACGUGUCUUGGCGCAGGACUUCCUCCCCCUGAAGUCCCGUUGCGUCAAGGGCCUCGCCGAGUGGAUCCUCAGCUCCCCGUGCCGCCGGAACAUCGUGGUCCUCACGGGCGCGGGCGCCAGCACCUCGGCCGGCAUCCCGGACUUCCGGAGUCCCGGAACCGGACUCUACGACAACCUGCAGAAGUACGACCUCCCGACCCCCCAGUCCAUCUUCAGCCUGGACUACUUCCGCAAGGCCCCGGAGGCCUUCUACGAGCUGGCGAGAGAUCUCUGGCCCGGCCUUCAAGGCUACAAGCCCACGCUGACGCAUCGCUUCAUCUCCUUGCUGGACAAGAAGGGCCGCCUGCUGCGGUGCUUCACGCAGAACAUCGAUGGCCUAGAGCGGUUGGCCGGCCUGCCUUCCGAGCGCCUGGUGGCAGCCCACGGCAGCUUCGACACGGCUACCUGCAUUCGGACGGGCCGGCGGGUGCCUGCGGAGGAGCUGCGCCAAGCGGUGCUUGUCGGGAAGGAAGGCCCGCAGGGUUGGCAGGCACUGCGCGAGAAGUACGGAGGCCUCGUGAAGCCGGACAUUGUGUUUUUCGGCGAGGACCUGCCUGCAGCCUUCUUCACACACCGCCGACAGGACUUCAGCAAAUGCCAGCUGCUGGUUGUUAUCGGUACUUCUCUAUCUGUGUAUCCCUUUGCAAGCUUGCCCCACGAGGCGCCCGGCUCUUGCCUCAAAGUUCUCAUAAAUCGGGAAGAUGUCUUAGACUUCAGCUUUGAUGUCUCCCUACUGGGUGAUUGCGAUGAACAUGUCCAAGAGCUGGUGAGCCACCUGGGCUGGCAAGAGGAGAUGUCGGAGCUGGGUGGAGCUGACUAG